AUGAUGAUUUGUGAGAGCGAUAACGAAAGUGAGAACAAUUCGUCGGCUCAUAUUUCUGUUUUUGAGCAACGCAUAUACAUUAAAAUCGAAACGAUUCGUGGUAAAAUAGUGCCUGAAAUUCAUGCCGCGUUAAAUGAAGUGUGUGGAACGGAUACUGUGGAUCGUAGUACGGUGCAAAGAUGGCAUCAGCGAUUCCGUGAUGGUCGUAUAAGUAUUGAUAACAACCCUCGCUCUGGCCGACCCUCUACGGUUACUCAAGACAACACUAACGCGGCUAUUCUCGCAACUCUACUCGAUGAAGACCGACGAAUAACGGUGAGAGAGAUAGAGAAUGAAACAGGUAUUUCAAAAUCAAGUGUUCACCGCAUUUUAACGGNCACCAGUCGUCGCUCUUUUGAGAAAUAUGGAUGGGAACGCCCCAAACACCCACCGUAUUCGCCGGAUUUAAGUCCCCCGGACUUUGAUUUAUUUCCAAAACUGAAGGAACCACUUAGAGGGAUCCGUUUUCUCAACUUAGAUAUACUAAAUGAAGAAGUGAGCCGAAGGAUCCGUGAACUCAACAAAGAUGGCGUCCUAUGCGGCAUUCAAGCGCUCCCGAAACUAUGGCAAUCGUGUAUAGACAAGCAGGGAGAUUAUAUCGAAGGUCUAUAAUAUUGUAUUUAGUUUAAAAUAAAAACUUAUUCAGAGCAAAUUGUGAAUUACUUUUGGGACAACCCUCGUAAUAUAAUGUUGAUAGGAUAAAAUAUUCUAGGCGAGGACAAAUGGGACAUAAGUCCAGGGACUUGCUUUUCUUUUAGUUUUAAUGGGCCCCGCAGUAUAUUAUUAAAUAAUAAAAUAAUAAAGUUAAAAUAAAAUUAUUAAAAUGGUUAAUAUUCAUAAAUAAAUAUAUGAAUAAAAAAAUUAUGUAUAAAAAUUAAAUAAAUGAAUGAAUACUUCCCCAUAGCGAUUUCCUUUCAGAAAAGGUGCUAUUAAAAAUUUGAGGAAGUUUUCUCUUAGAAAAGUUGCGCAUAGAAUGAAAAAAAAAAAUUGUAAAACUACAACCUUCUUCGUUCCACUCAGAAUCUAAAAGACUGACAUACUUCGCAUGAUGGGUGCAAUCAUUGUUGUUGAUGAGAAGUUAGGAAUGUAGAACAUAGAGGGAAAAUUCAUUUGUAUCUGUAAGUAACAAUAAACCGUUGCUAAUGAAAAAACGAUUCUGAGUGGAGUUUAGUUGACAGUGUUGCUUUGUCAACAGUAGUCCUAGCGAGUAAUAGUCAUCAUUAUGAUGAUUUACUACCUAUGAACAUGAAGUAUAUUUCAUUUUUAGCCUGUAAAAAAAUUCUACAUCAAAAAUCUUUCUCUGAUUAUCAAUUUUAUGGGUGGAUGGUUUUUGGUAAAAAUAAUAUUUUUUAUUUGGUGCAAUGUAAUAUUUACACAAUGACAAUUUCGGUUAUAUUCGAUUUUGUUUUUUGUGAAAACUGUUCGUGGAUGUCGAAAAUUUCACCUAAUCCUUACAUAUAGUUCUUUUGAGGCAUUUUUCAUUUAUUUAUAGCUAUUUGAAAUUUUUGAUUUUUUAAAUAUUUGUUUUACGUGAUUAAAAUUAUAUUGACUCAGCAAUAAAGCUCGAAAAUAUACCAUAAUAUUAUGCAUGGUUUAGAAUUAGGGAUGAAAAAAGAGUUAGUAAUUUUUUUUUAAGCGUUUGAAAUUCAAAUUUUAAUGAAAAUUCAUUUUAAUAAAAAUUCACAAGUGUGUACCCUCCCAUUCGUUCCAAUUUAAAUUACAGCCAAAAUUACUGAAAAGUUUGUUAAGGUAUGGAGUCAACUUGCAUCCUUCCCAAAUUUAAUUACUGACUGUGUAAUAUUAUUUAUUGUAAUUUAAACUUACGUCAAAUGAUACCAAUUAUAUUUAUGUUAUUUGUGAAUAUAAUUUUUUUUUUUUGACACACAGUCACUAACCGUUGGCUGUAUAAUAUUAUAAUUAUUCGUCAUCUAACGUAUGUAUUUGUUUUAGUUCAUAUGUUAUGUCUAUUCGUGAUAGGUUUAGCAUAGUAAAUGUGUUACGGUGGAUAAGUAAUUUAUUAUAUUAUAACAAUUAUGAUAAAUUAAAUCAUAUAUUUCGGUAGACACUUAACAGAUGGUACAUGUAUGUCCUUAAUUAAACCGUCCCACAAAUCUUAAUUCUUUAUAUGUUAUGUAUAGGAAUCAUUAUACAGUGAUUGAUUUUAAAUUGUAAAUUAUUUACCACUAAAUUUUAUUAAACUACUUUUUUUGAAUUAUGACAUAAUGUUAACAUUUAAGUACCUAUUUUAAUUAUGAACAUA